CUCGCGAGAGCUGCUCGGGGCAGGGGGCAGCCGCGCAGCCAUGGCGGCCGAGCGGGGCCGGGGGCGGCGGCGGCGGCGGCGCGGCCGGUGCUGAGGGGGCGGUGGGCCGUGCCCGGCCGGGCCGGGCCUUGCCCUCUCCGGGCGCCAUGAGCCAGGGCGGUGGGGCCACCGGCGAGAGCGGCGAGCCGGAGGCCAAGGUGCUGCACACCAAGCGGCUGUACCGGGCAGUGGUAGAGGCCGUUCACCGCUUGGAUCUCAUCCUUGGGAAUAAGGCAGCCUAUCAGGAAGUGUUCAAGCCGGAGAACAUCAGCUUGAGGAACAAGCUGCGGGAGCUGUGCGUGAAGCUGAUGUUCUUGCAUCCAGUGGAUUAUGGAAGAAAAGCAGAAGAGCUGCUCUGGAGAAAAGUUUACUAUGAAGUUAUCCAGCUCAUUAAAACAAAUAAAAAGCACAUUCACAGCCGUAGCACCCUGGAGUGUGCGUACCGGACUCACUUGGUGGCUGGCAUAGGGUUUUACCAGCACCUUCUUCUCUACAUUCAGUCUCACUAUCAGCUGGAACUGCAGUGCUGCAUUGACUGGACGCAUGUGACAGACCCACUCAUAGGCUGCAAGAAACCUGUGUCUGCAUCGGAGAAGGAGAUGGAGUGGGCGCAGAUGGCGUGUCACAGAUGUCUGGUUUAUCUGGGGGAUCUAGCUCGCUAUCAGAAUGAGCUGGCAGGUGUGGACACGGAGUUGCUGGCUGAGCGGUUUUACUAUCAAGCCCUUUCUGUUGCACCACAAAUUGGCAUGCCUUUUAACCAGCUGGGGACAUUAGCAGGGAGCAAAUACUACAAUGUGGAGGCUACCUAUUGCUAUUUACGUUGCAUCCAGUCUGAAGUGUCCUUUGAAGGUGCCUAUGGGAACCUGAAGCGGCUGUAUGACAAAGCAGCCAAAAUGUAUCAGCAGUUGAAGAAAUGUGAAACCAGGAAGUUGUCUCCAAGCAAGAAACGAGGCAAAGACAUUAAGAGGUUGCUGGUGAGCUUUAUGUACCUGCAGAGUCUUUUGCAGCCAAAGAGCAGCUCUCUGGAUUCUGAGCUGACAUCUCUCUGCCAGUCUGUGCUGGAGGAUUUCAACCUGUGCUUGUUCUACCUGCCCUCUCCUCCUAAUCUGAGCUCAACUAGUGAAGAUGAAGAAGAGUAUGAGAGCGGCUACUCCUUCCUUCCGGAUCUCCUGAUCUUUCGCAUGGUGAUCAUCUGCCUUAUGAGCGUUCACAGCCUCAAGAGGGCAGGUUCAAAGCAGUACAGUGCAGCCAUUGCUUUCACCCUGGCCCUCUUCUCUCACCUGAUAAAUCACGUCAAUAUUCGCCUGCAGGCAGAGCUAGAAGAAGGGGAAAACCCAGUUCCAGCCUUUCAGAGCGAUGGCACAGAUGACCAGGAACUACGGGAGCCAUUGAACUCGAUCGAGAAGGAAGCUGAAGCUGACUUGGCCAAUCAUCAGCCCAGCGAGGAGCAACGGAAGAAUGAGUGCAAGAAAAGCAAGAAAUACUCCCGCCUCUCCUGUUUGCGUCGCCGCCGUCACCCCCAGAAGAUGGAUGAGAGCGACCUGAGUGAGGGCUUUGACUCUGACUCCAGCCAGGGCUCCAUAAAGGGCAGUGAUGGCUCAGAAAGUGGCUCAGAGAAGAGCGAUGAGGAAGCAGAAGCUGCUUUUGAUGUGGAGACGGACUCUGACAUGAACAGCCAAGAAUCUCGGUCCGACUUGGAGGACAUGGAGGAUGAGCCGGGGGAGGAGGGAAGUGGCCGAGGCAAAAGUGGGCCUAAAGAGGCCUUAAAAAACUGUGUGGAUGGCAGCGGGCUGGGGGACUCCAGGAGCCCAAGCAUCUCUAAAAUUGAGGCUCCAGAUUCAGCAGUCAAUGGGCCAGCUUCCCUGAGCACUAACGAUGCCAGCAUAGCCAGUAAUCUCCAGGCCAUGUCCACCCAGCUGUUUCAGACCAAACGCUGCUUUCGCUUGGCUCCCACUUUCAGCAACAUCCUUCUGAAACCGAACAGCGAACCACCCGUCUUGAAGGAUGGAAUAGAAAGCAAACCGUGUGUCAAUGGAGAUCUGGAGAAGCCCAGCUUGGCAGAGCAAGAUGAUGUGUCUGACUCUGAGGAAAGCAUUUCAAGUAACAAAUCCUGCAGGAACGAGCGAUCUCUUCAGGAGAAGCUAGAAAUAGUGACCAAUGAAGGGCUGCUGCUCACGGUCAAGGUGUUCCUGGACUGGCUGAGGACAAACACGGACCUCAUCAUCAUGUGUGCUCAGAGUUCUCAGAGCCUGUGGAACAGGCUGUCUGUGCUCCUGAACCUUCUGCCUUCUGCCGCAGACCUGCAGGAAUCAGGGCUGGCCCUGUGUCAUGAAGUCAAGGACAUUCUGAGUGGUGCUGAGCUCCCAGACCUGAAAGCCAACUUGCUGCUCCCAGAAGACGUGGCCCUGCGAAAUCUUCCCCCUUUGAAAAAUGCACACAAGAGGUUUAACUUCGAGCAGGACCGGCCCAUUUUCUCAGCAGUUGAGGAGUCUGUCGUUCGGAUUUGCUGCAUUCGGAGCUUUGGCCACUUCAUUACCCACUUGCAAGGCAGCAUCCUGCAGUUCAACUCAGAGCUUGGGAUCUUCAUCAGCAUAGCACAGUCCGAGCAGGACAAUUUGCUGCACCAGGCUCAAGCCCAGUUUCACAUGGCUGCCGAGGAAGCUCGUCGGAACAGGCUAAUGAGAGAUAUGGCUCAGCUUCGACUGCAGCUGGAGGUUUCGCAGCUAGAGGGAAGUCUGCAGCAGCCCAAAGCGCAGUCAGCCAUGUCUCCUUAUCUCGUCCCGGACACCCAGGCCCUCUGCCAGCACCUGGCUGUUGUCAAGCAGCUGGCCACCAGCGGGAGGUUCAUCAUCAUCAUCCCUCGCACAGUGAUCGAUGGCUUGGACUUCCUGAAAAAAGAGAACGCAGGUGCUCGGGACAGCAUCCGCUAUCUGGAGGCAGAAUUUAAAAAGGGAAACAGGUACAUUCGGUGCCAGAAAGAUGUUGGGAAGAGCUUCGAGAGGCAUAAAUUGAAGAGACAAGACUUAGAUGCCUGGAAUCUCUAUAAAAUACUGGACAGCUGCAAACAACUGACAGUGUCCCAAGGAAGCGGGGAGGACGACACCACGGGGAUGGUUACCAUCAUCACGGGCUUUCAGCUGGAGGACCCCAGCACGUUCUCAGCGCCCAUGCAGUCUGCCAUCCAGGCAGCCGCCAAUGCCAGUGUAGAAAUAAAAAAUGUUCUGGAGUUCUACAAGCAGUGGAAAGAGAUGGGCUGAUGUUCAGAAAGGCAUCGGGUUGGUGUACCUUUCUCUCCCCCUCUCGGAACGUGCAGCGUCUGAACGAAGGAAACAAAAAUCCAGGCGACACUUAGACACGAAGAAGCAGCAGCAGCCAGCAGCAACAAUAACAAAAAUAUCUACCCAGAAAAUAAUAAUAAUAAUAAUAAUAAUAAAAAAAAAAAAAUUAAAAAAAAAAAAAAAUCCCAUUUGGGCACGCACACAGACAACCCUCCACCUGUAUCCUGACCAGACGGCUGUACAUCUCCGACGGCGCCAAGUGCUCUGAGAAGAGAGAGGCACCUCGGCACGGCCGAGGCAGAGCUCUGCCCUUCUCCCAGUCGGCAGAGGUGGGCGAGAGACGGGCAGUCCUUCAUCCCCCCCCCCAUUCCUCCCGAAGCUUGUUGCUUGGUCAUCUCAAAUGGGCAGGCGGCCUCUGGAGCAAGUGGACUGGACUGACGUGAAACCAAACCAGCGCAGCAGAAACGGAGCCCUCCUAGCUUGGGAAAGAAGAUCCAAAGAGUGUUUAGCUCUUGUUUGGCAAUCUGUUGACAGGAAAGCAGAUUUUUUUUUUUAUUAUUUUUUUUUUCUUCCUUUGAAUUAAUUAUUUUUCAAGGGUUAGGGUUUUGUUUUGUUUUUUUUUUUUUUUUCCUUUCAAUCCUUAGGUUUUUUAUAUAUAAAUAAUACUCAAAAAGAAAAAAAAGCGGAGUUCUUUGGGGUUCUGGAUACUCUUCCAGUGUCAAGAGAGAAAAGGAAACAAUUAUGCUAUUUAACAAGGGGGGGGAAAGCUCUUAAUAUAAUUUUUUUUUUUCUUUGAACAAGCAUAUUUAUUUCCUUUCCCAGUCCCCCGUGGAACGGGCUCAGUGCAAAGGGCUCUUGGCCAGUCCGACGCGCCCCAGUGGGCUCGGUGCACCCCCUUGUUCUCCUUCCAAGCUGCUUCACGAGCAACGGGAGCUUGGCCGGGCUGCUUGUGAGAGGUGACAAGGAUCUGGGAUCUGUUCCUCCUUCCCCAGCCCUCCCGCUUCGUCCCUUCCUGCGUUAGACCUUGGAGAACAGGGGUGGAAUCCCACGGAGCUGCUGGAAGAGAGAGAAGAGCCGUGUGGGGUUGAAACAACCUCCAAAGGACCCAAAUGUCUCCUCUUUUUUUUUUUUUUUUUUUUUUAAAAUAUAUUUUUAUUUUUUUGUUUCUCCCCCCCCCCCCCCCCCCCUUCUUAAUCUUGCAACGAGGUGUGGAGGAGGAAGGAGGAUCUCAAAGCCAUUCUCUCUUCUGGCUUUUCCAACGCGCCCCUGCUGCUAUGCCAUGCUAUAGAGAGGGUGACGGAACUUGAUCGCAUCCCCCCUCCUCACAUCCCUCCGGGGCAGCCAGAAGGUGACUGCCGCUACCCGGGAGGACCGAGCUCACAAAACCGUUCAGCGCUUUUUGCAUCCCCGCCCCCCAAAAAAAAGAAAAAAAAAAAAAAAAAAGAGAAGGGAUGAUGCUACCUGGACAGCUGCUGGAAAAGCUUCAUUCCCCGUGUGACCUGUGAGGGACCUUUCAAACCUCGAUCCCGACGGCACCCCGAUCCCGACGGCACCUCCCAACCCAUGGCUGCCCCCUCUGUCCCACGCUGAUGUUUGGAAUUGAAGCAUCGGGUCGCUCCGGGACGGCAGAGCGAUGGGAGAUGGGCUGAACGGCCUCUUCCCAGUUCAUCUGUGUCAACGGACUCCAGCUGUCUCCAUCCACAUGGACUAACAGCAGCUAUGCAAGUAAAAAACCAAAAAACCAAAAAAAAAAAA